AUGAGUGAUUUUUCUGUCAACCUCCUGGGCUUAAGAAUCUUCAUUUCUUGCAUCGGAAUCGUGGGUAAUGUAUUUCUCAUCCUUUCCAUCAUCAAGACCAAGAUCUCCCGAGUGAAGUCCUUUGAGUUCUUUCUCCUCGGACUGGCCACAGCCAACUUGGAGGAAAUUCUCAUCAUGAACAUCUAUGACAUUAUCAUCCUCGAGGCUGCCAUCACCACCACGGGCACUUGGCAAUGUCGCACCCUCAAGUUCCUGACUGUGUUUGGUGAAAUCAGCAGCAUCCUCUUCACUGUCCUCAUUUGCAUCUUCCGCUACCAAAAGCUGAGGGACGCCGAUAAAAGGGUCAGUCUCCCAAUCUGGCUGGACAGCAUCAGGUCAGCCUGGAUGGUGAGUGGGGUUUGUGUCAUGCUCUCCUCGCUGCUCAGUCUCCCCAUUUUUGUCAUAAACGUCCAAGGCCAUGCGGAAAAUGACACAACAUCCACCAACAAUUGCCCACCAGAUUUCUUUCAGUGUAGUAAAACUUUUUGUCCCAUAAUCAACCGCUGCUACAAAUACCUGUUCGUCAUGUUGUGCAACCUGCUGCCCCUGAUCAUCAUCACAGGCACCAGCUGCCUGAUCAUCAUGGUGCUGUUGGGCCAGAGGAAGAGGGUUACAUCAGUGGCGAGUGUGAGCGCGUUGAGCCAGCCCAACAGGAAGAGUAAGGGUCCGGGGCUUCAGCGGAGCAUGAUAGCUGUACUGGCCGCUAUGGGGUUGUUCCAGGUAGACUGGACUCUCUACCUGAUGUUCCAGCUGACUUCCAGCCCCGCUGACCAUCCCUUUUGGGCUGAAAUGGAGUUCCUCAUCUCAUCGUCUUACACGUCCAUCAGUCCGUAUAUGUACGGGAUAGGGAACAACCUGUUCUCGCUGAAAAACUUUAUAAAGAAGUAA